CUUUGUUCUAGUCGAAGUUAUUUUGAAUAUUAAGUUCAAUUCACAUGGCGGAGACUGAAGUUACGUUCCUCACGCAGGGAAUCAAACUUGAGACCCCUAAAUCAGGAAUUUACACUACAGGUGACAAAGUCAUUGGACUUGUCCACUUCGACCCAUUGCGAAAGGAUCGCGUCACGGAAGUUGAAUUAUCGCUGUAUGGAUCCUCGGAUCCGGACUGGGAUACUGAUGGUGACAACAGUAAAUCGGAGACUGGGCUUCUGACCUUGAAUAUCAAUCUCUACAGCGGAGCGCCUGUUGUGCACAAGAAUUUCUCUUUUGAAUUCCCAUUCCCGACAUUAACAAACCACGCUGAUCCGUCUCAUAAUUGGGUCCCGAAUGACCGAUUCGAGCACAGCUACGGGAAAUUUCGAUAGAAUUAGAUAUCGAUUAACAGCUCGCAUUGUCAGUGAGAGACGAGGGACUACUACAUUUACCCGAAAAAUCAAAUAUACACCAUCGAAAGAUGCAAGUACGGAUAGCUCUUCGAUGGAGUAUGCAUGCACCCUUUGCGGCUUUUUCCGUUCUGCACGUUUAAAUCCCAUUGAGGGUCUGGAGGAAAUAGCUGCAUCUGGUAUAGGUACAAAUCAGGUCAUUUUUAGCUUUCCUAAGGUUUUAGUCUCGGGCGAGCACAUGUUUGGUUCAAUCCGCGUUCAAGUUCCACCUUCAGAACAGUUGAAACUGUGGUAUUUGAUCGUGGAUAUCAACCUAAAGAGAGGGAUUCGCACACUCGGUAAUCCAGCAGGAGAGAAGCCACGGCCUGCUUAUCGCCCAGCCAGACUUCUCUGUUCGUUGUCGCCAACUAGCUUGCCUAAUGAUCAGCCCACUGAUCUGCUAACUGUUUGCAAAUCACUGCGCCCUGUUCCACCGUUCUAUACCUUCAAGACGUUCAAUAUAUAUAUUGCGGGAUACUUGCAAAUUAAGGCACUAUUCACCAGUUCUUCCGGGAAGUUGUAUAGGCUGACUACUUCUGAUGUCCCUGUCAGUAUUGUCGGUCCACCUCGAUUUGGGGACAGCAUGGAAGGCGGAAAACCCCGCCUAACAGACAAACCAUUUUUGAUUCCACAGAAAAAAUAGAAACCCAGCGGACAGCAAGUUCAAAUAACGGUUUCCUGAUUGCUGUUGCACGGUUGUAAUGAGGAAACUGGGAAUCACAUGACUACGCGUAUUCGCGGGGUGGGGCAAUCAUUCCCCGAUUUCCAGAACGAUUUUCAC